CCCUGUUUCCUCGCUGGGCUGGAUGUUUGCUGCUUUAUAGCAAUGCCGUUGCGGUCUCUAGUCUCGGAUUCUUCGGUUUGUUCUCGCAUUCCGUAUCUAACUAACUCGCUCCUCUAGAUCAUGCAUGCUUUUGCGAGAGUACCUUAUGAACUUUCCUUUUCCUCAUGCGCUAGUUGAUGUCACUGUUUUUAACUUCGAUUUUGCUUAUUUCUGUCUCCCGAUAUCUUGAUUGGUUGCUCUCGGUUUGGACUGUGAGAGUGAACAGCCUUGAAGUGGCGCUUGGCUGUAAUUUUUGAAGUUUCUCGAGCACUGUAGCCUUGCUGGUGUUUACAUAUAAUGUGUGGAGUUUUUCUCGAUUUUUGAUUUCAGUGAAGAACGGGAACGGUGUGUUUGUUUUUAAGUUGUUUAGUUCAGGAUUGUGAAUUAAAACAAUGGAGGAUUUCCGAGUCAGAGGAAUGUUGUCGGGUGUGCUUGUUAUUUCGACUUUGUUUCUUGGAUUGGUUUCGGUUAGUGGAACGCCGUUUGCAGUUGAUGGCCGGGUUCUAGAUAGUCGUCACAAGAUGCUGCGGUCCAACGAUGCUGGUGAUGUUCAGGCGCAGCUGUUUUCUGCGGCGAGUGUGGAGACUUCGUACAUAUUAUCUGAUGGCGACGUCGUAACGUGCAUUCCCAUAGAAAAUCAACCCUCCGUAUUCCACACUAACACUAAUGAUAUUCAACUGAAGCCUUCAAAGCGUCCAAACUCUAAAACAUCUUCAGAUGACAACAAAUGGACGAAGAAAGCCUCCCAAUUGUUUGUGAAGGAGUUCGGGGGAUGCCCGAAUGGGAUGAUUCCUGUGCGUCGAAGUCGGGGAGGUAUCUCGACUGGAAGUCCUGUCGCAAAUGUGCAAUCGCAGAGUGCAGGCUCUCAAACACAUUAUGUGCAUCAGCAUGCAUAUACAUCAACAACAAUCUCCCAUCCCCCAUCUUUCAAAGGCACCGAAGUGGUGUUGAAUGUGUGGCAACCAUUUGUCGAACCGCGUGAUUUUAGCCUCGCCCAGCUCUGGGUUAUGAACACAGGCUUGUCCUACGCACCUGGCAGCGACGAUUGGGCUUUGAACACCAUAGAAGCUGGAUGGCAGGUUUACUCAGAACUUUAUGGUGACAAGCGCCCUCGGCUUUUUGUCUACUGGACUGGUGACGGUUAUGUCAAAACUGGGUGCUACAACCUCAACCAAGACUGCCCGAGCGGCAGUCCGGGAUUCGUGCAAGUUAGCAAUAAGGUUUUGCUUGGAGGAUCCAUAUCGCCACAUUCUGCAAUGAAUGCAACACAAUAUGAGAUUAAGUUGCGCGUAUUUAAGGACGACGACUCCGGUAAUUGGUGGCUUCAGUUCAACCAAGAGUUCGUCGGAUAUUGGCCAAAAUCUCUCUUUCACUCAUUAAAAGAUGAAAGCGACUUGAUCCAAUGGGGUGGUGAGGUAUUCGAUGUUCGUGAGAGCAAUGACAAGACGAAGACACACAUGGGCAGCGGUUCGCCCGCUCAGUCGGGUUUCCGGGAGGCUGCUUACCAGCGGAAUCUACAAUUCAUCGACAUGGACAACAAGAUGAAGGAUGUCCAUGAGUUACAGGCAGUGGCAACGAAGCCCUCUUGUUACACCGUAUUUCCUGAAAACAACCAACGUUGGGGCACGCAUUUCUAUUAUGGAGGCCGUUGCUAGAGUGCUGGUUCGCCAAGAGAUUGUGCAAUUGGGGCUAUCUUCUGCAGACCUUCAGCAUUGGACCCUACCGGCGCCUGUGGUGGUGAGAUUGGAUUGUGGAUAAUCUCCUGUGAGGACAUGUUGGUUAAUGAUAAUGCACAUCAUUUUCGCUAUCUUCUCACAUAUCCCGGAGAACAGGCCACGACCCGCGCUUUUCUGAUGACGCACGUAAGCAGAUGCAUCAGCUAUGAAGGCAACCACGUAGCUGGAGCCCUUUGAGAAAGGGCAUUGUUUAGAAGGAUCCCUGAGGCUCCCAACGGAAGAGCAGAGGUUACAGACAUGUUUAACUCCCAUAUCGACCCACGAACACCUUGUUAUUGAGAACAACGCUGCGAAGGAGUCCAACGAAUUACCAUGAAUAUCUCCUCUAAGCCAGGCUCAACCUACUUGAUCCCAGCACUCCAUCGGGCAUGAAGAGGAAUUCCAUGUGUUCUGAAGACGGAGCACUACAUACCCAUUCUGAAGAGAAACGCUGUUGAUGACUUUUAAUCCGACCUCUAACUGUCACAGUAAUAACACCAUCACCUUAAGAUGAACUCUUACGGAAGUAAAUUAUAAUUGGAAAAUAUUGAUGUAAAUUAAAACUGAGCGAAAAUGAAAUGAAUUAUAAUGGAACGAACAAUAACUUGAUAAAGCAGCUACCUUCUAUCGAAAACAAAGUGGUGUGUUAAAAUCAAUUAUGACUUCAAGUUACCAUAUUCAUCAGUUUGACAAAGUUGAAAAUGGAAUCUAAUUGUAGUAAUGACUAACUAAUAUUAAUUAAUCCAAUGAGCAUCUGUCCUUCAGAAAAUACCCACUUAAGAUAAAUAUUUCAGUAUAGACUAAAAUAGCUAACUAAUAAUUGUUGAUUUUACAUAUUCGUGCAUGAGAUACAUGCCUAAUUAAACAGAAUACUUUCGAUAAGUAACUACAACCCAUUGAAUCAAGAAAUGUCCUAAUGAAAUACAACAUUUAAUAUUAUUUUCAAUUUUUAGUUAUAUCUAAAACAUAUUUAAUUAAAUAAUAGUUAAGAAAUAUUUUUCCAUAAAUCAAAUUAAUUACUGUAAAAAAAUGAUACAAUGAUAAGCUAUUCUAACUCUAAACAACAUGAAAUAAUUUAC